GCCACCGACCUUCAGGUCUCGCGCGCGAAGGCCUCUAUUAAGUUCGUUUUGAGCAGUGGGCACUUCCAAACAAUGAAAGGCGAGCUUGGCGAUCCCUUCAAGCUCUCCUCCCUCACCAAGAUCUCCUUCUUGUUCCUAGCGUGCAUCGCCUCCUUCUACCUCGGCCGUAACUGGAACGAUGGCUCUAUGUAUCCCCAACUCAUCUUUUACAGUAACGUCAAUCCUACCGCCGGCUACGGCAAUGCGAACCUAUCUGUUACCCUCUCUCCCAACCUCAAACGCACCAGUGAUAUUACCACCCCAGUAUCCAACGAGUCCUCUCUCAAUGCAGCUGAUCCGGUGCUUGAUGCGCUUUCCAGAGCUCCCGCGCCGCCGGUGGUUCCGAAGAACGUUGGGAUCGUGGACGAGAACGGGGCAAUGCGGGAAGACUUUGAUGCCGGAUCAUUCGAUUCCGAUCUGGUGGAGGAGGAGGAACCGCCAUCUUGGGCGGGUAACGAGACGAAUAAUGAGAUAGAGAAGAAGGAUGAGACUAGGGUUAGAAUCCAGAAGUUUGGGCUUUGCCCGGAGAGAAUGAGGGAGUACAUUCCUUGUCUUGAUAACGAGGAGGAGAUCAAGAAACUGAAUUCUACGGAGAGAGGGGAGAGAUUUGAGCGGCACUGCCCAGCGAAGGAGCAGAGUUUGAACUGCCUAAUUCCGGCACCGAAGGGCUACAGGGAGCCGAUCCCUUGGCCCAUAAGCAGAGACGAGGUGUGGUUUAGUAAUGUGCCACACACGCGCUUAGUUGAGGACAAAGGAGGGCAAAAUUGGAUAAAAAGGGACAAGGAAAAAUUCAAAUUUCCUGGAGGUGGCACCCAAUUUAUACAUGGAGCAGACAGUUAUUUAGACCAGAUAUCUGAGAUGGUUCCAGGCAUUGCAUUUGGGAAUCGUACAAGAGUUGUCUUGGAUGUUGGGUGUGGGGUAGCAAGUUUUGGUGCUUUCUUGCUUUCACGAGAUGUCAUUACCAUGUCAAUAGCUCCAAAAGACUUACAUGAGAAUCAAAUUCAGUUUGCUCUUGAACGUGGUGUGCCUGCGAUGGUGGCAGCUUUUGCAACUCGACGCUUACUGUAUCCAAGCCAAGCCUUUGAUCUACUCCAUUGCUCAAGAUGCCGAAUAAAUUGGACUCGUGAUGAUGGAAUUUUGCUUCUUGAAGCGAACCGAAUGCUUAGAGCUGGAGGAUACUUUGCAUGGGCAGCACAACCUGUUUAUAAACAUGAAGAAGCUCAGCAAGAAACAUGGAAAGAGAUGGAGAACCUUACUUCUCGUAUUUGUUGGGAGCUGGUGAAGAAAAAGGGGUAUCUUGCUAUAUGGAGGAAGCCUUUGAACAACACAUGCUAUCUUAAUCGCAGUCCUGAAGUCCAACCUCCACUUUGUGGUCCAGAAGAUGAUUCAAAUAGUGUCUGGUAUGUUAAUCUCAAAGCAUGUAUCAGCCAACUCCUUGAGAAUGCCUCUGGAGCCAAUAUUACAGCAUGGCCUGCUCGCUUGCAUGAGCCACCAUUGAGACUUCAAGGUGUAGAGAUGGAUGCUUAUAUUGCAAAAAAUGAACUUUUUAGGGCAGAAACAAGAUUCUGGAAUGAUAUCGUUGAAGGCUAUAUCCGUAUUUUCCACUGGAAGAAAAUGAACAUUCGUAAUGUUAUGGACAUGAGAGCCGGGUUUGGAGGGUUUGCAUCAGCAUUAAUUGAUCAGAAGAUGAAUAGCUGGGUGAUGAAUGUUGUCCCUAUAAGUGGACCCAACACAUUGCCUGUCAUCUAUGAUCGUGGACUUAUAGGAGUGGCCCAUGACUGGUGUGAGCCAUUUGAUACUUACCCAAGAACUUAUGACUUGUUGCAUGCUUUUGGUCUCUUCUCUAUAGAGCAUAAAAGGUGCAAUUUGUCUGUUAUUUUACUGGAAAUGGAUCGCAUUCUAAGACCGGGUGGACGAGCAUACAUACGGGAUUCCAAAUUUAUUACCGAAGAGAUUAAGGAAAUCACUGAAGCUAUGGGAUGGAAGACUGAACUGCGUGAUACAGCUGAAGGACCAUACGCAAGCAGGAAGGUAUUGAUAGGCCACAAGGAGGUCAGGCAUUCUUAGCAUUGUUUUGACAAGGUAAUAUAGAAUCUGAUUCCCUGUAAGAAUUGCUCUUUGUUGAUCCAUAAUGGAGAUUCAACGAGGACGUGAAAUUGGGUCUGGUUGCUUACAAAUGGAUGCAACGGUAAGAUUUUAACUUCAUUUUAUAUUUUUUAGCUAUUCUGUUUUGUCUUACAAUGGUGGGUGGUUUUUGGUUUUUGUUUUACCCUUUUUUUUGUAUCAUUUAAACCACAACAGAACAGAUUAAUUGUAUAUUUUAUAUCUAUUCUGUUGUCUUACAGUGUUGGGUUGGUUGUUGGGUUUUGUUUUCCGUUUUGUUGUGUUGUUUAAACCCACCAUAGAACAAAUUAAUUGUUAUGAGAGUACAGGCAUGAAUAAAGCAUGUUCAUUGAAUAAA